AUGCUGACUCUAACACCCGUUCUUUCUGGAGAACAAAUCCUCCAGCAGGUGAAGUCGAAUAAACUGUUUUAUAAUAACACCCAAAAUGUCGAAGAACCGCAUAUUAAUGCUAUUUUGUCAAACUCUGAUGACCAGCUUUUAGCUGAAAUUGGAUAUAAACCCGAAUUGAAAAGACAUUUUUCAACACUUCAAGUUUUUGGGGUGGCAUUCUCUAUUAUGGGAUUGUUACCUUCAAUAGCAAGUAUAUUGGUUGAUGGACUUACAGCGGGCCCGGCAGGUGCUUUAUGGGGAUGGGUAAUUUCUAGUUUUUUUAUUUUUACCAUUGGUUUAUCCAUGGCUGAAAAUGGAAGCUCUCAGCCAACUUCUGGAGGGUUAUAUUAUUGGACCAAUUUUUAUGCCCCGCCAAAAUGUAAGACUAUCGUGUCUUAUGUGGUCGGGAAUACCAAUUCAAUUGCGUUGAUAGGAGCUUUGUGUUCAGUUAAUUAUGGUUUUGCUCAAGAAAUUCUUUCUAUCGUGGUGAUCGCAAGGGAUGGUGAUUUUGAGCUUACAACAGGCAAGACUUACGGUGUUUUUGUAGCAUGCGUCUUAGCUCAUAUAAUAAUAACCUGCUUGUCGUCUAAGAAUUGCUCUCAUCUCCAAACUACUUCAAUUAUUGCUAAUCUUGGAUUGAUUGUGUUGUAUAUCAUUGCUUUACCUAUUGGUGCACGGGGUAAUUUUAAGAGUGCUAAGUAUGUUUUUACUCAGUUCGAUAACUACAGUAAUUGGCCAAUUGGAUGGACUCAGGUAUCUUCCGCAUGGUUGCUGGCAAUCUGGACCAUAGGUGCUUUUGACUCGGCUGUUCACAUGUGUGAAGAGGCCUCUAAUGCCCAGAGAGCAAUUCCCUUCGGCAUCUUAGGUUCUAUCACAGCUUGUUGGCUCUUAGGUACAGUUAUAUUGAUAGUUACGCUCUUUUGCAUUCAAACAGAUGACAUAGAGGGCCAUAUUUUGGGAACGAAAUAUGGACAGCCAAUGGCUCAGAUAAUCUAUGAUGCUUUAGGAAAGAAAUGGGCUAUGGCGUUUAUGGCUCUUAUAGCUGCAGCUCAGUUCUUGAUGGGUGCAUCUAUCCUCACUGCCAUAUCUAGACAAAUUUGGGCUUUUGCUAGAGACAAUGGCUUGCCAUUCUCUUUCUGGAUCAAGAAAGUGAAUCAGAAGCUUUCUGUGCCAAUCAAUGCUGUAUGGUUUGGAGGAAUAAUGGCUAUCAUAAUAGGACUUUUGUGCUUAAUUGGAACAACUGCAUCUAGCGCAUUAUUUACUCUUUACAUUGCCGGUAAUUACUUUGCUUGGGGAACUCCAACGUUCCUCCGUUUGACCGUUGGAAAGCAUAAGUUUCAGCCUGGCCCAUUUUACCUAGGUAAAGUGCUCUCACCAAUAGUUGGAUGGAUAUCCACUAUUUUCAUUAUUUAUACCAUUGUUAUGGUCAUGCUUCCCACAAACAAUCACCCUGAUAAAGAUACUAUGAACUACACUUGUGUUAUCACACCUGGAGUGUGGAUAUUGUCACUUCUUUACUACUUCGUUUAUGCUCACAAAAUAUAUCAUGGACCCCAAAAGACCGUGGAUGUCGAUUCAGAGCUGUCUUCAGAAGAUUAUAGAAUUGAUGAAAGAAUCUCAGAUAACAAAGCAUUUGACGAUAAAUAUGUGUAG